UCAUGGUUCAAACUAAGAAUUUCAUUUUCCAUAUUCUCGAUGUGCUGAGCCUGUGAAACUCAUCAUCAAGAGCAUGUAUAACUGUCCUAAUAUGCGUCGAGCUGAGAUCAAAUCUAAUCUGUAGUCUUGUUGUAGCUGAUGCUCAGAAGCUGUUCGAUAUAAUGACUCAAAGACUGGAUCUUUGAACACAAUUUAUUUUCAGCAAUUGAAACACACCUACAACCAUGGCGGCUUAUGCAGCUCUGCUUUCUCUGAUGCAUAUCAUAGAUAACCUCCGUCUUCAUCCUCGCCCUCCUAUUAAUCUCCACCACAAACAAGCUCAUUUCCUCACUGAAAAAGUCACACACCUCCUGGAUUUUCUCAGACGCUACAACCCUCGUCUCGGCUACAGCACAGAAGCCGAUCCCUUGGAGCUUCGCAUUGCAGAUGCAGCUUAUGCGGCUGAGGACAUAAUCGAGUCUCAUAUCGUGGAUCAGAUCACAGGUGAUGGCGGAGAGAUGAGCUUCGAGGCCUUGUAUCAAGCUCUAGACAAGGUGAUACAAGACAUGAAUCUGAUCGAAGAAGAAGCCAUGGAGAUUGAAAGGGGACUCGGAGUUCUAGAUCAUGUUCAAGAAAACUCGACGUAUUCGGAUUCAAAGAGAUCGUCUUCCAUGGUGGGAGUCGAAGAUGUCAAAAUUCAACUGAUGGAUAAGCUCACUUCUGAUUGCCGCGAUCUACUGAUCAUUCCCAUUGCAGGAAUGGGCGGAACGGGUAAGACGACUCUUGCUCGAGCUAUUUAUCAGGAGCGUCUUAUUACAGAGCAUUUUGAUACUUGUGCUUGGGCUACCAUCUCUCAAGAAUAUAGUGUUACACAAAUUCUAGCAGAGAUUCUUGGAUUGGGUAAUGAUCAGCAUUCAAGUGUGGGUGAAUUAGGAGAAAAGUUGCAUAAACAUCUUUUUGGUAGAAGAUACCUGGUUGUAAUGGAUGAUAUGUGGGAUAUUCAAGCAUGGGACAGAGUUAGGGUUUAUUUUCCGAACAAUAAAAAUGGUAGUAGAGUAGUCGUAACAACUAGGCUAUCAAAUUUGGCAUCUGAUUUGUCGAGUAAAAGUAGUAGUCUUGAGAUGGGGCUUUUGGAUGAGGCUCAUAGUUGGGACCUUCUCUCUAAAACUGUGUUCGCAGAGGAAAGUUGCCCUCUUCAUCUCGAAGAAAUCGGGAAAAGGAUUGCGAAAAGUUGCAAGGGACUUCCUUUAUCAAUUGUUGUGAUUGGAGGACUUCUGUCCAAGUCUGAACAUACAAGCGAAUUCUGGGAAUACAUAGAGAAAAACCUAAGUCCAAUUGUGAACUUAGAGGAUGACGAGCGUUGCUUGAAAAUCUUACAACUGAGCUAUAAGCAAUUGCCGGUUCAUUUGAAACCAUGUUUUCUCUAUAUGGGAAUCUUCUCCGAAGACGAGGUGAUUCAUGCCUCUAGGGUUGUUAGGUUAUGGAUUGCGGAAGGAUUUUUUAUAAAACCGGUAAGUGGGAAGAGCUCUAAAGAGGUGGGGAAAAUGUAUGUGAAAGAGCUUGCAGAUAGAAAUCUUGUUUUAGUUCACAAGAUAGGGAGUAUUGGAGGCAUCAAGGAGUGCAAAAUGCAUGAUUUGUUGAGAGACUUCUGCUUGAGAGAAGCUCGGAAGGAGAGGUUUUACAGUUUUGUGGAUGGAGAGGACGAAACAAAUGCGCGACGCGGCAUUGUUAUUCCGACCACAUCAAUGGAGGAAGUUGAGCAUGCCCUGCAGUCCAUGCCACAAACCCGUUCUCUGAUUUGGGGCCAGGACGGAAAACCACCAUCGCUAAGAUUGAGAUGGCUAAGGAUCAUUCAAUCUACGAAGCCUUUCGUUUAUCAAGAAACAAUGCUUCAGUUAGUUAAUCUUCGGCACGUUACUGACGUGUCUCUGGAGGAGGAGAGCGUAUUUCCUUCAAUGCAGCGAUUUUGGAAUCUUGAGACUUUGAUCAUCAAAGGCAACGGCUCGAAAUUUUCCUUGCCAGCUGAGAUUUGGUGCAUGCCUCAUAUGAGGCAUAUUCAGGUCAAGUAUGUCCAUCUCCCCGAUCCUCCUGUUGGCCACGCUGCUGCUGAUGACAAUGGCGACGAUGGUGGUUGUGUCUUACAAAACUUGCACUCGCUGAAGAGGAUAACAAACUUCAAGUGCAGCGAAGAUGUGGUUAAGAGAAUUCCCAAUAUCAAGAAAUUGGGAGUGUACUACAAUGAAUUCGACGAAAGGCUGCAAGUCGAGAAUCUAGUCUCUUUAGAUAAACUCGAGUCGUUGAAGUUCGUUAUAUUCCAACCGCCCCCGAAAGGGACGGAGGGAGUAUCAAGAAUGGAUGGACAGAGCCUUAACUUCCCUCAUUCGCUCAAGAAGCUGACUCUUGGAUUGCACUACUCCAAGUUUAGCCAACAAGUGUUGGGAAUGAUAGGUGUUUUGCCCCAUCUUGAGAAGCUCAGGCUCGAUAGUGGCAGUUUCGAAGAACGGAAGUGGGAAACAGUUGAAGGGCAGUUCAGCCGCCUGAAGUUCUUGGAGAUUUCGCGGUCGACUAUAGUAGAAUGGAAGAUGGAGGGAUCCCACUUUCCGCGCCUUGAGAAGCUUGUUCUUAGAAGGUUGUAUUACAUGCAGGAGAUUCCUCUAGAAGUUGCAGAGAUUCCGACUCUUGGAUCGAUUUACUUCGUAUUUGGCCACACUCAUGCUCUCAAUUCACUUUUAAAAAUAGUAGAGAUGCAGGAACUAUACGGAGAUGUAUCCAUUCGAAUUCUACUAAGGCUUAAAUAUAUAGUGCAAUGUGCAGAUGAAUGCAGCGAAUUAAUGAAGCAGUGUAGGAACAGUCCCUACAUUCGAUUUGAAGUUUGAACCAUGAUAAGGUUGAUACAGGCUUAAGAAGCCCAGGCCCACCAACACAAGCCUCGUUCGAGACAGCUGAGCCUUGAACCAUUCAAGGCCCAUCAACCAUGUCGACGCGUCUCCUCAACUAGGCGUAAGGUUGGUUAUGUUAUUUUACUUUUUUUAAAGUCCUUUCAUUGUGUUGAGCGUGGUUAUAAGUUCCGUUGCGUGCUUUCUUUAUCGUUUCUUUUCCAUGUAUUAAGAGAGUUGAACCACAUGGGGUUGUCAUUUACCAUGUAUUCUCAGCAACAUUACUUAGAUAAAGGAAUGAUUAAAAGGAAAUGCUUAGAUAAAAGUAUUUGUGAAUGGAAUUAACAAGGUUUCGAAUUCUUGGGGAA